AUGACGCCCUACCUCGAACAACUCACCGCUCGACUGCUCACCGGAAUGGCGGAGGUCGACCCCGCGGUUCGAGAGCGGCACGCCGGAUACUUACUUGCAGCCCAGCGUGACGAUGGCGGCUUUGCCGGACGCGAAGGGGAAAGCGACCCCUACUACACCACGUUCGCCCUCAGAGCGUUGGCCAUUCUGGGCGAACUGAACGACUCGGUAGCGGCUCGGGCCGGCGAGUUCUUCGAGCGGCAACUUUCAACCCGAACUUCGGUGGUCGAUUUUCUUUCGCUGAUCUACGGUCGGGCGAUACUGCUGAACUUCGCCGGAAUCGACCCGAUGGCCAACACCGCUCCCGAUUGGCGCCAAGCGGUGGCCGGAGAGUUGGAAAAGCUGCGAAGGGACGACGGUGGCUACGCCAAAACCGAAGAAGGGGCCGCCGGAAGCCUGUAUCACUCGAUGCUGGUGGUGAUCUGCCAACAGCUAAUCGAGGUAUCGCCGGUGGAGCCCGAGCGACUAAAACAGUUCGCCUUGGCCCGACAACGCGAAGACGGGGGCUUCGUCGAAAUGGCCCCCAUGAAACGCAGUGGAACCAAUCCCACCGCGGCGGCCGUCGCACUGUUGAUGAUCCUGGGAGCUGACGACGAGGAACUCCGUCAAACCACCGGCAAGUUUCUGCAAGGCAUGCAAACCGCAGAAGGUGGAUUCUGUGCCAACACCCGCAUUGCGGUGGCCGACCUGUUGAGCACAUUCACCGGGUUGUUAACCCUGAGCGAUCUCGGGGCUACCGAGGGAGUCGAUCUGCAGGCGGCGAAUGCUUACGCCCAGUCGCUCGCCUGCGAAAGCGGCGGCUUCCGCGGCGGCAUGUGGGACGACGGGCAUGAUGUGGAGUACACGUUUUACGGGCUGGGAGUGUUGGCGCUGACCACCGAGGGCGAGAACCUGGCGGUGCUGGGGCCCAGUGGAUCGGGCAAAAGCACGCUGCUGCAAAUCGUCGGCACACUCGAUCGGCCGACUUCCGGGCGGGUUACGCUGAACAAGCAAGAUGUGUUCACGCUGGAUGAGCCGGCCCUGGCUAAGUUCCGCAAUGAAGAAAUUGGGUUCGUCUUCCAAGACCAUCAUCUGCUGCCGCAAUGUUCGGCGCUGGAGAACGUGCUGCUGCCGACGCUGGCCGGCCAAGGCACCCGGGGUGAGGAGAUCGACAGGGCGAAAUCCUUGCUCGAACGAGUGGGGCUCGCCGAACGGAUGGAGCAUCUGCCGGGUGAACUUUCUGGGGGUGAACGUCAACGGGUGGCCAUCGCUCGAUCGGUGAUUCGCCGCCCUGCCCUGUUGCUGGCCGACGAACCCACGGGCAACCUCGAUCGCGAAACCGCCGCCAGCGUGAGCCGGCUUUUGCUCGAACUUCAAGAACAAGAAUCGAUGAUGCUGAUAGUGGUGACCCACAGUAUGGAGCUGGCCGACAUGCUCGCGCGGCGAAUGCGGCUCGACAAUGGACUCAUUCUGCGAAGCCUGGCCUUCCACUGGCGAAUUCAAUUGGCCGUGGCUCUCGGCGUGGUGGCUGGCACCGCCGUGCUCACCGGUGCGUUGCUCGUCGGCGACUCGGUCCGCGGAAGUCUGCGGCGGCUCACGCUCGAGCGCUUGGGCAACAUCGACGAAGCCCUGGUGGUCGACCGGUUCUUCCGCACCGAACUGGCCGACGAGGUAGCCAACACGCCAGCGGCAAGUGAACAUUUCCAAUCUGUCCUUCCAGUAGUGCUGCUGCGGGGCACCGUCGAAAAUACGGAGACUUCUGCCCGCGCGAAUUCGGUUACGGUGCUGGGGGCCGACGAGCGACUUUCGGAAGCCGGUUCGGGCGGGCCUUCCAAGACUCCGGGUCCAGACGAAAUCGUGCUCAACCAGCCGCUGGCCGAGGAGCUUGGUGCCAAGGCGGGCGACGAGGUGAUUCUCCGCAUCGGCGAGACCCAGGAUGUACCGGCCGACAGCCCUUGGGGGCAAAAGACCGAAACGGUUCGCAAUCUGCGGCUGACGGUAAGCGAGGUCAUCCCGGCCGACGGACUUGGACGGUUCGGGCUGCGGCCCAGUCAGCAACUGCCACUGAACGCGUACGUGGCCCCCGCCACGUUGCAGCGAAGCCUCGAACAGUCGGAUCGCGUGAACGCCCUGUUCGUGGUUGGCGAUGACUCGCAGCAAGCACCUCGCUUGGAAGUGGAAGAGGAACUUCAAGCUCAGCUCGACCCGACGCUCGACGAUUUUGGUCUGGUGCUGCGGCAAACCGAUCGUGGGUAUUACCAGCUCACGAGCAACCGCAUGCUGCUCUCCAACGCAGUACAAAGCGAAGCACUGAAGGCGUUCGAAGAGUUGGGUGCGUCACCCGUGUUCACCUACCUAGCCAAUACCCUCGCCGAUGGCGAGCGCGAGAUACCGUACUCAACCAUUACCGCCAUGAACUUCCCCAGCGAGCCCCCGCUGGGUCCCCUGCUCUCUCCCGAGGGCGAAGCGGUGCAGACGCCGGCCGAUGACGAGAUCGUGCUCAACACCUGGGCCGCCGAAAGAUUGAAUGCUUCUGUCGGCGAUACGAUCCGCAUCGACUACUUCGAACCGGAAAGCACGCACGGAGAGCCGGCCGAAACUUCGACCGAGUUGACACUCUCGGGAAUCAUUGCCCUCGAAGGUCCCGCGGUCGAUCCGGCGCUGACACCUGAAGUGAAAGGCGUGACCGACCAGGAAUCGAUCGCCGACUGGGAUCCACCAUUUCCGUUCCAGCAAUCACGCAUCGAGCAAGAGGACGAAGACUAUUGGGACACCUACCGCGGCACGCCGAAGGCCUUCGUCUCGCUGGCCACCGGUCAGAGGCUGUGGGGCAGCCGGUUUGGCAAUGCGACUUCCAUUCAGAUUCCACCGCCUGAUGGGAAUGAGGCCGAGCCUGAUGAAGUGAUAUCCGAGUUGCGAGAGAAACUUCAGCUCGACCCAGCGGCGAUGGGUUUUGUGUUCCUGCCGGUGAAGCGACAAGGGCUGGCGGCAUCCUCUGGCACCACGCCCUUCGAUGUGCUGUUCCUCAGCUUCAGUUUCUUCAUCAUCGCGGCUGCUGUGAUGCUGGUCGCGCUGCUGUUCCGUCUGGGGAUGGAGCAACGGGCCCGCGAGGUGGGCAUCGAAGUGACCGUGGGCCUGCCGCCCAAGCAGGUGGCCCGCAUGAUGGUGGCUGAAGGAGCAAUCGUCACGCUCGUCGCCAGCCUGGUUGGCAUCGUGGUUGGGGUGGCCUACGCCUGGCUGAUGAUCGCUGGGCUGCGGACUUGGUGGGUGGAAGCGGUGAGCACGCCGUUCCUGCAACUUUAUAUCACGCCGAAGAGCCUGUUGAUUGGCUACUUUAGCGGCGUGGUGAUUUCAGUGCUGACCAUCGCCUGGACGAUGCGACGUUUGCGGAAAGUAUCCGCCUCGCGAUUGCUGGCGGGGAUGGCCACCGAAGAAACCAAACUAAAGACCGGCGCCGGGCGUUGGGCAGCUCGGAUUGCGAUCGUCUCGGCGGUGGCAGCAAUCGCCGUCGGCUUGUUGGCCAGCUUUUUGGGUGGUGAAGCCCAGAUCGGGGCGUUCUUUGGUUCCGGUGCCCUGGCCCUGGUAGCGAUGUUGUCGUGGGUUCGCACGUCGUUCACCAGUCGUCAAACCGCAUCGUUAGUAACGCCGGGCCGUUCGGCGGUGCUGCGGUUGGCGGUUCGCAAUGCGGCUCGCAACCCGGGCCGUACCACCUUGACGAUCGCGCUAGUCGCAUCGACCACGUUUCUGAUCGUGGCCAUCAGUGCGUUCCACAUCGAUCCUACGGCCGAGCAACCCUCGCGGGACAGCGGCAACGGGGGGUUCGCUCUGGUAGCCGAAAGCGAUCAACCGAUCUACCAAGACUUGGGCAGCGAAGAUGGGCGAUUCGACUUGGGGGUGGCCGAUGAAUCGCUGUUCGAUACCACGCAGAUCAUUUCGUUCCCCGUUCGGGCCGGUGAGGACGCCAGUUGUUUGAACCUCUACCAGCCACGUCAGCCACGGGUGUUGGGCGUAACGGCGAACAUGAUCGAACACGGCGGGUUCAAGUUCGCCGCCACCGCGGCCGAGACGGACGAAGAACAAGCCAAUCCUUGGCUGUUGCUCGACAAGCAACUACCUGCCGGUCCCGACGGCCAGCCGGUGGUACCGGUGAUGAUUGACAUGAACACCGCUAUGUACAGCUUGCAUCUGUGGAAUGGCGUGGGCGAAACCUAUGAGAUCGACGAUGGGCACGGCGGAAUGAUCACGCUGCAGGUGGUCGGGCUGUUCAGCAACAGCUUGUUCCAGGGUGAUUUGCUGAUCGGUGAAAAGGCAUUCAGAAAACUGUUCCCCGAUGUGAGCGGUCGGCGGUUUUUCCUCAUCGCGUGCGAGCCGGGACAGAUGGAGGAGGUCGAGCAGACGCUGGAAGCGGCACUUGGCGAUUACGGUUUCGAUUCUCAAAGCACCGCCGCACGGUUGGCAGGGUUCCUGGCGGUGCAGAAUACGUAUCUCUCCACGUUCCAAAGUCUCGGAGGCUUGGGGCUGUUGCUGGGCACCUUUGGUCUGGCCACCGUACAGCUUCGCAAUGUGUUUGAACGGCGGGGAGAACUCGCCCUGAUGCGGGCCGCGGGGUUCCGGCGACAGCGUCUGGCGGCGAUCGUGCUGCUGGAGAACGCCGUCCUGCUGGUCGGUGGAUUGAUCAUCGGCUGUGCAGCAGCCCUGGUGGCGGUGUUGCCGCACCUGUUUGGCGACGGGGCUUCGAUCCCCUGGGUUUCUCUCGCUUGGACCCUCGGGCUUGUGUUGGCCGUGGGGAUGCUGGCCGGGCUGUUCGCCGUGCGGGCUACCUUACGUACCCCACUAUUGCCGGCGCUGCGUGCCCAUUAG